AUGGAUAAAUGGCUAAUCAAGAAAACCACAGAUUUAAACGAUGAUGAUCAACCAAGCACGAGCAAAGCUGAACAUCAUGAUCAUGCAGAAACUGUGCCUGAAGCACCUAAAGCAAAUAUACAGCGCCAAAAUAACAAGCGUAAAGCUACUUGGACUAUCAACUAUUGUGACGAAUAUUUACGCUUUGGGUUCAUUGCCAGGGGCAGUCAAAAUAAUUUGCUGCUAUGUGUUAUUUGCAAUGAGCAACUUUCAAAUGAAAGUAUGAGACCGCCAAAGUUGAAACGGCAUUUAAACAUACUCCAUUCUGAGUACUCUGAUGAGUCAAAUAACUUUUUUACUGAUAAGAAAAAGGAACUGAUUGCUGCUCAAAAAAAUGAAAAAUACAUUCUUUCUUCACCAGUCAAAUAA